AUGGCGUUCCGAGUAGUGUACGAAGCGCUGGCGAUGUGUGGCAGGAUCACUGAACACAUUAACACACACACAGAGCAAGACUGUGAUCACACACCGUGCAUGAAACGUUUAGAGGCAUCGUGUGAAGCAUUACGCAGUUUGAAUUUUUUUCCUCGCUCCUCCGGGCCAGCAGAUGGCGCAGUGACGCGCUUUCAGCUCGUGCCACCGAAUGAACGAACCGUAGAAGAAGAAGACGGUUUUUUUUUGGGUCCCUCGCGCACACUGACAGCCUGACUAGAGUCCGUAGCAAGAAGACGACGCCCCCUCUCCCCCCAUCCAACAUGGCUGACCCAAUGGAGAUAGACGACUCGUUGUACAGUCGGCAGCGGUAUGUCCUGGGAGACAGUGCCAUGCAACAGAUGGCUCAGUCCUCUGUAUUCUUGAGUGGAAUGGGGGCUCUGGGUGUGGAAGUAGCUAAGAAUAUCGUCCUUGCUGGAGUGAAGACAGUCACGUUGCAUGACAGUAAGCAGUGCGAUGUCUGGGACCUCGGCACUAACUUCUUUAUCCGAGAGGAGGACGUUCAGAGCCGGAAGAAAAGGGUGGAGGCUGUGCAUUCCCGGGUGGCCGAGUUAAACCCAUAUGUUCAGGUCAGCAUUUCGAGCGUGGCCCUGAACGACACCACUGAUCUCAGCUUUCUGCUUAAGUACCAGUGCGUCGUGCUAACGGAGACGAGCCUGCGCUUGCAGAAGAGGAUCAACUGUUUCUGUCGCUCUCAACAGCCUCCAAUUAAGUUUAUCAGCUGUGACGUGCUGGGGAUCUGCUCGCGAGUGUUCUGCGAUUUCGGCGAGAGUUUCGAGGUGUCAGACCCGACGGGGGAGGAGCCUAAAGAGCUUUUCAUUCAGAACGUCAGCCAGGAGAACCCCGGCGUGGUGACGUGCAUGGACAGCCGCGCCCACGGCCUUCAGACGGGACAGAGCGUGCGUUUCCGAGAGAUCAACGGCAUGACCGAGCUCAACGGCACUACGCACCAAAUUACAGUUAUCUCUCCGUACAGUUUUGCGAUCAGCGAUACGUCGUCCUUCCAGCCGUAUCUCCACGGUGGAAUCUUUCGAACCGUCAAGACGCCCAAAACCUACAGCUUCGAGACGAUGGAACAGCAGUUACACGACCCACAGCUUCUUAUUCCAGACUUGAGCAAACCCGAGGCACCGCUGCAGAUCCACGCCACCAUGAUAGCUCUGGACGUCUUCCAGGAACAACACAACAGACUGCCGAAUAUAGGCUGUUUGCAGGAUUCGGAUCUCCUGCUGAAGAUCACCGAGGAGGUCAACGAGACGCUCAAGAACAAAGUGAACGUGAACCCGUCCUUAGUGAGGUGCGUGUCGCGUUGCGCGAGAGGCUGCCUCUCUCCCCUAGCAGCUGCCGUGGGAGGCAUCGCCAGUCAAGAAGUGCUGAAGGCUCUUACCGGAAAGUUCACGCCGCUUCAACAGUGGUUUUAUCUGGAUGCGUUAGAGGUGGUCCAACCCCUCCAGUCUCUUCCUGUAGAGGAGUUUGCACCUCGGGGAGAUCGAUACGAUGCUUUGAGGGCCUGUAUCGGCGAGUCCUUUUGUCUGGAGUUACACAAGCUUCGAGUCUUCAUGGUGGGGUGUGGUGCUAUAGGAUGUGAGAUGCUGAAGAAUUUUGCACUGCUCGGGGUGGGGUUGGCCAGAUGCUCAGGGGAGAUUUUCAUCACUGAUCCAGAUCUUAUAGAGAAGUCCAACCUCAACCGCCAAUUUCUCUUCAGACCUCAUCAUAUACAGAAGCCAAAAAGCAUCACGGCAGCUGCAGUCACGUUAGAGAUUAAUCCCGAGCUCCACAUAGACGCUAACCUGCACAAGGUGUGUCCCGCCACGGAGGAGACAUUCAGCGACACUUUCUAUUCACGUGUCAGUCUGGUCAUCACUGCGCUGGACAACGUGGAGGCUCGGAGAUACGUGGACAGUCGGAGCGUGUCCAAUCAGAAAGCGUUACUCGACUCUGGGACCAUGGGGACGAAAGGUCACACCGAGGUCAUCGUGCCAAACCUGACCGAGUCCUAUAACAGCCAUAGAGAUCCACCAGAGGAGGAGAUACCAUUCUGCACUCUAAAGUCUUUUCCUGCUGUGAUCGAGCACACCAUACAGUGGGCCAGGGACAAGUUCGAAAGCUCCUUCUCUCACAAGCCCUCCAUGUUCAACAUGUUCUGGCAGACCCACGUGUCGGCUACAGAUGUGUUGCAGAGGAUGAAAGCCGGGGAGAGCCUGGACGGAGCGUUCCAAGUCAUUAAGGUGUUGAGCCGCCGCCCCACACGCUGGGAGCACUGCCUGGCCCUCGCUCGCCUCAAAUUUGACAAAUACUUCAAGAGGAAGGCACUACAACUACUGCACUCGUUUCCACUGGAUACACGACUGAAAGACGGCAGUCUGUUCUGGCAGUCUCCCAAACGACCUCCAUCCCCUAUCGAGUUUGAUCUCAAAGACCAGCUGCACUUUGGUUUCGUGGUCAGCGCGGCUCGGCUGUUCGCGGGAAUCUACAACAUCCCGUGUUCCGAAAAGAACCUCAGUUACGAGGCCGUGGCAAGCGUUUUGGCUGAAGUUGAGAUUCCGGAGUACAAGCCGGCAGAGAAGCAUAUAGAGACCGACGAAACAGUUAAGAAGCCUGAACAGAUCAAGCUGACCGUGAGCAGCGAGGAGGAAAGGGAAGCCAUAUCACAACUGGAGGAGGCCAUCACAUCUGGUUUUACACCAGAGCGCGUGCGUAUGACGCCGUUGCUUUUCGAGAAAGACGACGACGCGAACGGUCACAUGGAUUUCGUGGAGUCGGCGUCAGCCCUGAGAGCACACAUGUACUCGAUUGAAGCCGCCGAUCGCCUCCAGACCAAACGCAUCGCCGGCAAAAUCAUCCCCGCUAUCGCCACGGCUACCGCCGCCGUCGCCGGCUUGGUGGCGUUGGAGCUGAUUAAAGUCACGGGUGGCUAUGGCUUCGAGUCAUUUAAGAACUGCUUCUUCAACCUGGCCAUCCCUGUCAUGGUCCUAACGGAGACGGCUCGGGUCAAAAGGACGCAGAUCAGAGACGACAUCUUCUUCUCCAUCUGGGAUCGCUGGUCCGUUGUAGGACAUGAAGACUUCACCCUGUCCGACUUCAUCAGCGCUGUCAGGGAAAAGUACGGUAUUGAGCCCACUAUGGUGGUUCAUGGAGUGAAGAUGCUCUACGUACCCAUCAUGCCCGGACACAGCAAGAGACUCAAACUGGCUAUGCAGAAGUUGAUCAAGCCUUCGGCAGAGAGGAAGUACGUCGACCUCACUGUGUCCUUUGCACCAGAAACGGAUGGGGACGAGGAUCUGCCCGGCCCUCCUGUCCGCUAUCACUUUAGACACGAGAGUGGCGAGAAGGCCUGACACACACACACACUCACUCACACACACACACUGAUAUUACACCCUCCCUUACCUUCCCCCGUGGACCACUAGUGGAGUAGCACUUGAUGAAUCUGUACAUAGUAAAACGUUUUUUUUUUUUUGUUUGUUUGUUUGUUUUCUACGGGUUCGUAAUUUUAUUGCAUAACUACGUCUGUGCCGAUGCCUUAAGAAAUAUCGUGCGUCCAUUAUGAUGAUGAUGAUGAUGAUGAUGGCGGUGAUUAUUAUAUAUAGUUGAUCUCGCGGUCGAAGGAAAACAGUGUUUACACUCCUAACUUAAGGCUUGAUUAUUAAGGCUGUUGUUUUAUUAGCGCAGACACAGGGGGAGGGGAAAGCUGAAAGAACCGAUCGCUUCCUAACGCAGAUCGCCCGCGACGUUCCCCGUUCGUCCCGGAUCAAGACCCGAGGACGCCGACCCGCUCGACUGACACGCAGACUUAAACGGCUCUAUUUAUUUCCACGUCCCCUGCGCUUAGCGUUUCCUCGAGACCGACACCGGACGAACGUCGACGUAGUAGUUAUCUGAAACGAGUAAAUAAAUCUAAUAAUUUGCCGCCUGUCCCCGCGGCGCUCCGAGCGGGUGUGUAUCGGGAGAAGUCAGUUUCGCUUAUCAGACAUUAAGCUCGGACACUUGCACCGAAUUUUAUCGCGUAGCACGCGGAAAGCGAAGAAGAAAGCGAGAUUUUCGUUUGCUUCCUUUAACGUGGACGACCCGACGUUCCUUUGCGCAGAAACUCGUAACCGCGAUGUCCUCCGUAUCUCCGUGACUAAAACGAUGUCAAACAUUUCACAGCUAAAAAAAACAAAACAAAAAAAAAACAGCUUGUUAAAAGAAGUACGAUAUUACACAACAUGACUGUGACUGGAGUAUACAGCUGAAGGUCCAAUCAAAAAUAAACUUUUCAACCAUGAUGGCUGAAGUUUGUUUGUUUGUUUGUUUCAGAUCUUUAAUUCUUGGGUUAAUCAAGUUCAGAAGAGCAAUAAAUAACAAGAGAUGCCUGCAGAGUAAAUUUAUUGAGAUGUAUGUGAUGGAGUCUGUUACUGUGUAGUAUAUUAAACAUUAGUGGGUUCACAAUGCUAUAAUAAUAGUAAAUAAUACUAAUGUAUAGAAAAAAGACAAAGGGCGAUUUAUUUCAGUGGUCACAUGACACGAACGGCCCGGAGGUUUAAGAUGCCGUUCACGUAGGAUUCUUCGCUGGACAGUUCUCAAGUGCUUUUCUGCUCGACACGUUUGUAAAGAGCGAUUGCUUGAGUUACCGUCGACUCGAGCCCUGCUCUGAUCCCUCCUUUCACAGCCCUGGUCGCCUUGGUAACAAGCCGCCCAUAUUCACACAGCUGUUGUAGACAUCUGUAAAGCCAAUGAAUUUAAUGUCAAACUUGACCUAUAGACGUUGUUCCACAUGUGUACAGUGUUUCAUCACAUGCUCCAGAGCUUUACUGUAACACAGGAUGUUCCCCAGCAGGGGGCAGCACAGGGUUUGGUGACUUUAAUCAGGCCUUCAGAAUGAAGGAAGUCUUGAAUUUCUCCCCGCUUUUUUUUUUUUUUUUUUUACAUUUAUUUACAUUUUCACCCAGAUGUUGCUAUUGUGUGGCUCCAAGCAGUGGGUGUUUACUACAGGAACAGUAUUUCUGCGUGUAAAGAACACAGAUCUCUUCUGUCUAUUCAGUGAACCGAUCUCGCUUCGAUCUACUGCGACUCGUUAUAAGUUUCCCCCUCUCCAUUUUCCUUUUCCUCCACUUUUUUGUUUUUACCCAUUUUUUUGGUAUUUAUCUUUGUUCUCAUAUUUCUUUCUUUCUGCUUUCCCCCUUUCUUUGCUUCACUACUUUUCUUUCUUUCAAAUGACAUUUCUUUUUUUAACCCCUUUCUUUCUAUUCUUUUUUUUUUCUUUUUCUUUCUUUCUUUCAAAUUACAUUUCUUUAUAUUAUCCCCUUUCUUUCUUUCUUUCUUUCUGUCCUUUUCUUUAUUUCUUUAUUUCUGUCAUUUUCCUUCUUUUCUUUCAAAUUACAUUUCUUUAUUUUAUCCUCUUUCUUUCUUUCUGUCCUUUUCUUUCUUUCUUUCUGUCCUUUUCUUUCUUUCUUUAUUUCUGUCAUUUUCUUUCUUUUCUUUCAAAUUACAUUUCUUUAUAUUAUCCCCUUUCUUUCUUUCUUUCUGUCCUUUUCUUUAUUUCUGUCAUUUUCUUUCUUUUCUUUCAAAUUACAUUUCUUUAUAUUAUCCCCUUUCUUUCUUUCUGUCCUUUUCUUUCUUUCUGUCCUUUUCUUUCUUUAUUUCUGUCAUUUUCUUUCUUUUCUUUCAAAUUACAUUUCUUUAUUUUAUCCCCUUUGUUUUUUCUUUCUUUCAAAUUACAUUUCUUUAUAUUAUCCCAUUUCUUUUUUUUUCUUUGUCCUUUUCCUUCUUUCUGUUCUUUUCUUGCUUUCUUUUCUUUCAAAUGACUACAUUUCUUUAUUUUAACCCCUUUCUGUUUUUUCUUUCUGUCAAAUUACAUUUCUUUAUAUUAUCCCCUUUCUUUCUUUUUCUUUGUCCUUUUCUUUCUUUCUGUUCUUUCUUUCUUUCUUUCUUUCAAAUUACAUUUCUUUAUAUUAUCCCCUUUCUUUCUUUCUUUCUACCCCUUUCUCUCUCUCUUUCUUUCUUUCUUUCUUUCUUUCUUUCUGCCUUUCUUCAUUUUGGUUUCUUCCUCCCUCCCUUACUUAUUUUUUAUUUAUUUUUUUAUUUACCCCUUUUCUUUCUUUCUUUCUUUCUUUCUUUCUUUUUUACCUGACUGUAUACGGGUGACCGUUACCUUCUGUGUUCGUGUGGUUAAAUAGGUUUAGCGCAUAAAUAAGAUCAGAUAUUGUUAGAAUCAGAAAUAACGUCAUGUAGCCUAAUUUUUCUAAUAAAACAUCGAUCUGUCACGGAAAGUCUUAGUCUGACCUGCAGUGUAAACAAAACAUUUCUAUGGAUUUGUUCAAAUGAACCGUUUAUUGCUUCAGAACGUUUGUAUUGAUUAUACUGUUAGCAGCUGAAUGCAGCAUCGAUUACACUGUACGACCCGGCCUUCAUCACAAAACGCCUUCAAUGAUUCGUUUCCUGUAGCAUCAGCGCCCCGGGUGACGGGCCUUACAUAUUCAACAACACCGUACAUACGUACGUGCAGCUGCAAUCAAAAUGAUCCGACCCCCGGUGCAAAUCAGGUUUAUCGUCAAAAUGUACAGACUACUGUUUUGCAUAUUCGUGCUGUUGUGAGGGAUUCUAUUCGGGGGGCGUGAAUAAUUUUGAAACUGGAGAAACCAUUAUAAGUCGCAUUUUCAGUUGAAUUUGGGGAAACCACGUGAAGCGUCCGUCGUGUCGAACUAUUUCAACCGCUUUUGUUUGAUUUGUUCAUCGCAAACAGCUGAAAGUCUGAAUUUUGACAAUAAACCUGAUUUGCACUGGGGGUCGAAUCAUUGUGAUUGCAGCUGUACGCGUGUACAUGUGAAUACCGAUGACGUCUUUUCUUUUUUGGACUGAAAGACACGCCCACUCCGAGCUGCUCCAAAAACCGUUUCCGAAUAUGGACAUGUUCCGGAGCCUGCAGUUUUAGUUUGUGGAAGCAGCUCUUUUGUGUUUAUGUCUGUGUUUGUGUGUUACGGUAGAGAAUAUAGUACAUGUAGUACUGCGUGUAUUACGUGAGUGUGUUACAGGAAGUCGGUCGUCUCUGCGGAUGCUGGUGAAGGCUGUGCUACCAGACAAACCUGCUGCUCCAACUUCUGUUCCGAGAGAGAGAACACGGGGUCAGAUUAGGAUGAAGGUCGAAGCGAUAACAACUUCCACAACAGCGUCAAAAGAUUGGGAGGUCCUGAAGUGAUCACGCUGGAUGGAAAUGAGAAGAAUCCUGAAGGGUGUUCAUGUUAGUGUUCCUCUUGAUGCCACGAGGUAGGAAAGAGUCGUGAAAAGUAUAAAGUCUAUAAAAUAAUACUAAUGCAACAGUGCAGGAAUUCAAUUAAGCCCUCAGUGUGAGCUGAACUUAGCCUGUGGCAGUCUGGGGGUCAGGGGUCACACACACACACACACACACACACACA